AUGGAAUCGCAGGCCACUGACAACGUCAGGACGCCGACAGCCGCCAGUCUAGAGCAGCUCGGCGGCGAUGUGCGUCUGGAGUUUGGAGAAGAUUCUGAGAGCUUCAUGCUAGCCAGCUCUCACGUGCUCCGUGUGGCUUCUCCUGUGUUCAACCGCUUGUUUGAGAGCGGCAUGAAGGAAGCACAGCAUGGCGUCAUCAAGGUGGAUGUGGCCAGCAAACAGGAGUUCAUCACCUUCUAUAAUUUGCUGGGUCCGUGGGCAUGGAGCACCGAUAAAGUCACGGAGGCGAACGUGGACUCCCUUCUGGCAAUCAGUGACUAUUACCAGGUCGAGAUCAUCAAGCAGACGAGUGAGGAUCUGCUGCUUACUCUUGCGCCCACUUGUGCUCGGCUCCUGCAAGCUGACAGGCACGGCCUCAACAGACAGUACCAGAGGUGCAUGGGGCACGUGGCCAGGGAGAGCACUAAGGAGGACUUGGAACUGCUCCGACAAUCUUCGCCGGACAUGCUCCUACAGGUGGCACUGAAAAAGCAGGACCAUGUGAAUGCGCUGAAGACGAACCGGAUGGAAAUCAUCAAGUAUCUCAAAUCUCGACCAACAUCCCAGUCGCAAGUCGCAACCCUCGCGGGUGUUCUCCGGACGAUGCAGAUGCUAACGGAUAAUUAA